AUGGCUGCAGCAAUACCUGCUAACAAUACUAAUGAAUGUAAACUUAUUUCAUUUGAUUCUUUUCAUCCUACUGAAUAUCUUUACAAAUGGUUUACAAUUCAUGUAACUGAUGAAAAAAUUUUACAUGAACUUUCUUCAUCACAUCUUCACCGUAAAACAUAUCCAAUCGAAAAAUUUCCUUGUCGUGUUUAUUUAAUUGAUUAUGUAGUUAAUCAACGUAUUCGCAUAUGGUUAAAUGAACAAGAAGCACAAGUUACUAACUGUUCAGAUUAUAUCUAUGAAAAUUUUGGACCAGAUCAUAUGCAAUCAUGUUGGGUUUGUAAAUGGAUUGAUAUAGAUAAAAAUUGGUUAAUCGAUCCAUCGGAAGAAAUCGAUGAAAAAACUAUUAUUAAACCUGAUUUUUAUCGAUUACAUGGUGAUAGAAAUGUAGAAUUUGGUGAUGGUGGUCGUGCAUUUCUUGUUUAUCCAGUAUGGAUUUAUGAACAAUUACCAGUUAGUGAAUUACGUCGAACACGACUUUUAAAUACAUUGUAUAAACUUAAUGAAGAACGAAAAGAUUUUCAUCCAUAUCCAUCACCUGUUGAAGACAUUAUUGAUCCAGAUCUACUUUCUUGUCGACCAACACCAAAAUUUGAUCGAAGUCUAUGGAUUGCACGACGAGUAAAACAAUUAAAAACAGCUGAGUAUAAAUUGAGAUGUUUCGAACGAGAUUUAGCUGCUGGAGAAUAUAAUGAUCUUUCUGAACAUGAAAAAUUACGAAAUACUUAUCAAUGGUUAUCAUCAGAAUUUAUUAUUGAUAAAGAUGGAAAAGUUGAUAUUAAAACACCAAUUCAUCAUUUACCUGUUCUAUCUGAAUAUCGACAAUGUUAUGGUGAUAUUGCACAUAUAUUUCAUGCUAUGUUACCUUUAUUUGAAAAAAUAAAAUUAAUUAAAAUGAAAAUCAAUGAAGAACAACGAUUACAAGUUAUUGUUAAAGCUCAAAGUUAUAAUUUAAAAGGAGGUAUGAAAUAUUCAGGUCGAUGGCAUACAGAAGGUCAAACAGAAAAUAUUGUUGCUGUUGGAGUUUAUUAUUUACAUGUAGAUGAUCAACUUGAAGGUGGUUCAUUAAAAUUUCGUCCAAAAUAUGGUCCACAAAAAUAUUAUAAAGAAAUUGAGAUUGACCAUCGAAUUCCAUCUAUUCAAACAGGUACUGCAAUUAUUUUUUCUAAUUCAAUACCACAUCGUUUUCAACAAAUUCGAAAUUUAACUUCUGAUAAUGGUCGUCGUCGAACAUUUCUUAAUUUUUUUAUUGUUGAUCCCACACGACGAAUUCUUCAACAAUCAAAUGAUAUUCUUCGUGCUCCAAAAGAUAAAAUUAUUGAAAUACUUCAUGAAUGGAAUAAUGGACGAUUACCUAAUAUUGUAUUAGAAUAUAUUUUAAAAUUAUUGAAAAUAUCAACAGCAUGGGAAAAUGAAUAUGAAGCUAGAGAAUUUCGAACUCGUGUUCGACGUGCUAUGUUAGAUGAAAAAUCUGGUUGGGGUUGGAUAUGUUGGGGUAAUUGUGGAACAACAGAAUUUAUUCCAUCAUUAUGUACAUGGUCACCAAGUGAGAGAAAAGAAGCAAGAGAUGUAUUACAUCAUACAGAAUCAGAUUGA